GGCGUGGCGGCAGUUGCUUGGGCGGGGCCGGUAGCGGCGGGAGCUGCGCUGGCCAGGGGUUCCGGCUGCAUUUCCAUGAGCGCCGCCGGCAGCCGCGGAGCUUCGGGAACCCGGCUAGGGGCAAACCAGGACGCGGUAGUCAACCACGCGCAGCUCUUAGGUUAAUUUGAAUAAGAGAUCGGACCUGAGCGGCCCCGCUGGACAACUCUUCAAGGACAGUUAAUAUUCUCAGUAGAGAGGAACAAGGGGCAUAGAGAUCAAGAUGAAUGCCAUGCUGGAGACCCCCGAGCUCCCGGCCGUGUUUGACGGGGUGAAGCUGGCCGCAGUGGCUGCCGUGUUAUAUGUGAUCGUCCGGUGUUUGAAUCUGAAGAGCCCCACGGCCCCGCCUGACCUCUACUUCCAGGACUCGGGGCUCUCGCGCUUUCUGCUCAAGUCCUGUCCUCUUCUGACCAAAGAAUACAUCCCACCGUUGAUCUGGGGGAAAAGUGGACACAUCCAAACAGCCUUGUAUGGGAAGAUGGGAAGGGUGAGGUCGCCACACCCGUAUGGGCACCGGAAGUUCAUCACCAUGUCCGACGGCGCCACUUCGACCUUCGACCUCUUUGAGCCCUUGGCUGAGCACUGUGUUGGAGAUGACAUUACCAUGGUCAUCUGCCCUGGAAUCGCCAAUCACAGCGAGAAGCAGUACAUCCGCACCUUUGUCGACUACGCGCAGAAAAAUGGCUACCGGUGCGCCGUGCUCAACCACCUGGGCGCCUUGCCCAACAUUGAGCUGACGUCACCACGCAUGUUCACCUACGGCUGCACCUGGGAAUUUGGAGCCAUGGUAAACUACAUCAAGAAGACCUAUCCCCAGACCCAGCUGGUCGUCGUGGGCUUCAGCCUGGGCGGUAACAUCGUGUGUAAAUACCUGGGGGAGACUCAGGCCAACCAAGAGAAGGUCCUGUGCUGUGUCAGCGUGUGCCAGGGGUACAGCGCGCUGAGGGCCCAGGAGACCUUCAUGCAGUGGGACCAGUGCCGGCGCUUCUACAACUUCCUCAUGGCGGACAACAUGAAGAAGAUCAUCCUCUCGCACAGGCAAGCUCUUUUCGGAGACCAUGUUAAGAAACCCCAGAGCCUGGAGGACACUGACUUGAGCCGCCUCUACACAGCCACGUCCCUGAUGCAGAUCGAUGACAACGUGAUGAGGAAGUUCCACGGCUACAGCUCCCUGAAGGAAUAUUAUGAGGAGGAGAGCUGCAUGCGGUACCUGCACAGGAUUUAUGUGCCUCUCAUGCUGGUCAACGCAGCUGAUGACCCCUUGGUGCAUGAAAGCCUCCUAACCAUUCCAAAAUCUCUUUCAGAGAAACGGGAGAACGUCAUGUUUGUGCUGCCUCUGCACGGGGGCCACCUGGGCUUCUUUGAGGGUUCCGUGCUGUUCCCCGAGCCCCUGACGUGGAUGGAUAAGCUGGUGGUGGAGUAUGCCAACGCCAUCUGCCAGUGGGAGCGGAACAAGUCUCAGUGCUCUGACACGGAGCAGGUGGAGGCCGACCUGGAGUGAGGCCUCCCGGACUCCGGCGCGCUCCAGCUGCCUCCCCUGGAACCCGCGUCCAUCACCGGCUGUUUCAGGUCCCCCCCCCCAACCCCCCACCUCCCUCAGUGACCUGGAUCUGACCUCACACCAUCAGCGGGGACCACCCACCAGGCGCACCUGCGCUGGAGCAGGCGGCCAGUCCCUGGGGGCUCCAGCCUAUUUUUGUGCUUAGUUACUGGUUUUCUCCACCGCCUUGUUCUCCACGGUGACUAGCGACAGGAUUCUCACCCUCCUGUCCCAGUCUCGGCAUUUGAUUGCUCUUAAGCCAAUUACAUCUAGUUUCCCUAUGAAAAAUGUGUCUGAACAGCAGUUUUGCUUUGCCAGUCGAAAGGCUUGUCCCCCAGAGCAGUGAAGGAUGUAUGCUAUUUUGCGGUGGUUGUAUGUGUCCUUAUGUAGAGCCUGAAAAGUGCUCGCCAACCUAAGCCGAUGCUGACGAUGCAGGUUGGCUUGGGAGCCCAAGCGCCCGGGCCUCCCACACUGCAGUCUGGCCUCUUACGUGGCCAAGAAAGUUCUCUUGAGUCACGAGCCAGGUUUCUUCCUUACAGCCUUCUAAGGCAGUCUCCCACACUUUUGCCGAUGAUGAGAAUUACCUGGGGCACUUGUUGAAAAUUCAGCCUCCCGGGUCCCUCCCCUGGGAGAGGCCGAUUCAGUGGGUCCGGGAAGGGGUCUGGAGAUUUUAAUUUUUGGCCAGUGCCCCUGGUGAUCCUCACCACCAGGCAAAUUUGGGAAACACUGUUCUGCGGGGCCUUUAAAUUAGAAACAUCUCGUAGCUCAUUUUACGGAAAUUUACAGGUAGACGUGUCUCUUGGCUCCCAGGGGCCUCCAAAGUAUCGAUCAAGGCCUGUCCUCGUGCAGCUGCCUUGUGUAAUCACAGCGUGAUGUCUCAGAAGAGGGCCUGGCAGGGAGUAAAGUUUGGGCUACGCCAGACUCUGCUUUUUACUGGCUGUAUGACCCUGGAAAAGUCCCUUGAGCUUCAGUUUCUUCACGUGUAAAACAGGGGACUCGAACCAGGUGGAUUGCCAAGGUCACUGCCGGUUCUAAGGAUCCAUGACAAACUCAGCUCACUGAGGUCUGAGAGAAAGAGCAUCCUUUCAGGGAGGCCUCCUGUAGAUGUCAUCAUUCGCCUUUUUUUUUUUUUUUUUUUUUUUCCCUGUCCCUCAUUUUCAUAUAAAGUGGUGUUUUGGGGUUUUUUUAAACAUUCGAUUAUCAUUUUACUUUUUUAACCCAAGUCUUUCUAGUUCUGGCUUUUGACACCGAAUAGUUCAAAAGCUGGAUCUGAGUUUGGAGAAAGAUCUUUCCAACCAAAAAGGGUGUUAUUUUGAAACCAGAUUUUUAAUUUAAUAGCCUAUAUUUACAGUCUGUUGGAGAGAUCUUUCCAAAGUGUGUCUUUUCAAAUGAAAAUGUUAUUCGAGGUUUCAAGUACUCCUUUCCUCCAGUCCUGUGGUACUUGAAUAUCUAAAAACCCUGCACUUUGAAAAAUCGGCAGUUGCUAUCUGGAACUAAAUGGAACUGUGAGUGAAAUUGUCUGGAUACUUUUUUUUUUUUUUUUUUUUUUUUUUUAAUGUCCCUGCUCCAUCUCCUUUGCUCCAGGACAGACAGGAUUAUAAAUAGCGGGUCUGUGUGGAUGUUUCAGGGGUAAAGGGAGCCAGGGCCUAGAUACGCCCCUCACGGUUGCAGGCGGAUGUCUUCUGGGCGUCGGUCCAAAUGGCUGUGACAGUCACGUCUGUAACCUGAAGUUUUCUGACAAUCACCAGAUCAUCCUAAUUAAGAACAUCGAAAGCAGCCGCUGUCUCAAAAGAUGGAGAUUUCUGUGGUCUCCACAUUGUGUUGUGCUUUCUCACACACGCCAGAUCCAUCAUUGUGACUUUUGCGCCCAACCGUUCCGUUUCUAGUGCAUUUCCUUUCCGUGUUCUUUUAGCACAGAUUGGCACUUUAUCAUCUACCCCCUCAAUUUGGAAGCCGGCCCCUCCCCUCUUGCUUUUCCCUCCACCCUAUCACGCAGCUGUAACCUAGAAGAUUCACAGUCCUGUUUCCCACUGCUCCCUUUGUUUCUCAAGACCUUUUGGGAAAUUAGGUAAACGAAGCAGUAUCUAAGGGGGGCUGAAUCACCAUCCCGGGAAGCAAGGGGUGCCUUUGCCUUAGGUCCCAUCUCUUGACCUGUUCUGACAAAGCAGUGGCCAGGUACCCGCCCCAUUCAGGAAGAGAAAAGACACCAGUUCUGGAGGGGGACCAGAAGUCCCUGGGGCCCCAUGGAGUUGAGGCAGGGGUUGGGGCCAGGCCUUGGUCGCCACACGACCGGAAUUUACCCCAGGGGAGCGUGGGGGCCCUGUCCCAGCUGAAAUCUUUCUAUGUGUGUGACUCUGAAUGGCACUCACAUUCCAUUGUGGCUCACAUGAGAUCAACUGAAGCCCUUUGUUCAGGCUUCAGGCUCUCAGGCAUGGAAAUGAGAAUGUGACCGCGGCGGUCUUACAGGAAAAUUUUUGUUUGUCCCUGAAUGAGAGCACAGAGGCAUUGAAUUUACGGAGAUGCAAACCUGCCUAAUAGACAAGGGAGCGGCAUUUUAUAUGUAGGUCAGCCUUUUCCUUCCUGCAGCUUUCUUUGCGUGUCUUCCUGAAGCCAUUCAUUGCUGAUGAAGGUCCUGUCUGGCUUGAAACAAGGCCGAAUGUUCAAACAUCAUUUGAACAUUACAUCUUAAAAUCAGAAUAAAGAUACAACUUGCGUGGACCUAGCCAGUCCUGUUGCAGGGGUAACACAUCGACACAUGAAACACCACGGGCGGGAGGCACCCGCAUUUCUGCCGUACUCUCGGCCUCUUAAAGGGUUAGAAGGCACCUUGUGAGCAACUGAUCCGGGUCAAAUUAAGAUUACCUGGAAAAUGGCGUCGAGUCUCCUUGGUACCUUGUGUCACAAGGAGGUUAAACAGACUUCAGGAAAAGCUCUUCUCUUCCCCGCGGUGAGUUUGCACCAGUGAUUCCAGAGCGGAAGGAAGGCAGGAAGUGGUUUGUUGUCAAUGUAUUUGCACCUCUCUUUGGCACCUUACGCUUGCGAGGAACCCGGUGACGUACUGUAAGAGGUGAAACAGGGCUGAAUAGGAGUGUGCCCUUACUUGACCCUGGUGGUAGGGGACCAGGGUCCAAGAGACCCAGGUUCUUGUCCUGAUUGUCUCGAAUUCAGGCUGGAUUGCGGGCAACCACUUCACCUCUCUGAGCCCCAGUUCCCUCACCUUAGACCGCCUCUAAGACCAUUCACCUAUUUACACACCAAUUGCCUGAGGACCCAUCCUUGCAAAUGGCAGUGGCUGCGUCCAGGCUCCAGCGUCAUCUUGGGGGGACUCGGACAGAGGGAACUUCUGCUGAAGACCCUCGAUGUUGCCCAAAGCCCUGUGUCUGACUGGCUUCUCUUUAGACUCUCCGCCGGCAUCUCAGUACCCUUGCUGUCCCGAGGGUGGUCUUGUGACUGGGACAGGUGCUGACCAUUGGAACUAGGCGAAUGUCCCCAGCCUUCUGUGUGAUUCAGAGCAUUGAGAUUCAUAGUCUUAUUUCCCGGGGCAGAAAUCCUUCCCGCUCAGGCUUUCAUUCCGAAACUACAGUCUUCAUUAAAGCUGAGCUUUCUGGAGAGCUGAGCUUAUAUGCCUGGCAUCUGAAUGAGAGCUCUCUUUGUAACUGUGUGACUUGAGAUCCCUUCUGCCAGCUCCAGGGGAACAAUGCAUGUGUUCUUGUUGGUGUUUGCCAGGCAAGCAGAUGUCUGAGAUGUGAGAGGCUUUUCUUUUCCUGUGGCGUCGAUUCGUAGAGCUCAAGGAAAGACCCCUGAAACGUCACGUGGAGUCCAGAGAACUCGGGGCUCUAUCCUCCAGGCAGGACAGGAGAGUUAUUAAAAAGCAAUUCACCACAGCAUCGCCUGGAAUUGUUCUCUGUGCCCAGAAGGCCUUACUUUGCCUGUAGAGUAUCCCCUGCUGUUCCAACAACAGUGCGGCACUGGAACUUAAAAUCUGCCGUGGAAGUUCGAAGCGAAGCCACAGCAAAACCAGAGAAUCCCUUCGUGUGGCCUCUGAGUUCCUUGUUACGUUAGCUCCCCCACCCCCACCCCCACCCCUCGACAGCACGCGUGGUUCACAACUGGCCAAAUGUCUCGUCCUCCGAUGCCUCUCUUCCUUCCCGGCCUCGCUCUGUUCUUCGGAGCCACUUUGGACUACUUGGAUGCUUCACAAAGCCAUGAAAAGUGGCCUGUCUGUGGCAUUUAGAGGCCAAGCAGUUGAGGGAAAGGUUUUUUUCCUCCCUCUGUUAUCUAAGCAGAAGGAAGGACCCCUCCCUUCUUCAUAAACUAGGAUUGCUUUUGCCAAAUUGCAUUUGAAGCCGAGGGAAGGGGCACCGGCCCCUGCUGGCAGCGGGAACUGGAACGCUCUCCAAAACUAAAGCUGCUUCCUCGGGCCUGCCUCACUGCUGCUGCCGCCCCCGGAUGCCACCCAGGCAUCCUCCCCAAGUGGCCCUUAGAAGCAGACUGCAGAGCCCAGCUCACCGGCCAUUCCCAGACUCCCAGACAGUAGACAGCUGCCCCUUCUGGAAGAGUCAGCCCCCCACCCCACCCCUCCCCACCCCACCCCACCCCACCCCAAACUGUUUUUCCUGGCAUGUAUGUGGGGAAAGCGUUCGUGUAUCUCUAAUGAACAAGCUGGAGUCAAUUUCUAACCAGUGGGUUGUCUUUCACCUUGACUCCGGUCAAUUAGUAAUGAAAUCUAUAACCUACUUUCUCCCCGCUUCUGGUCCCCAUUAGCCAAGAAAUCUACUAUUGCCAUAAGUUGGGGACUGUCCAUUUAUAGCCCCUGCAGAAAUACCCUUCAUCUCCACGGGCAUUCUCCUUCUAGACCACCCACGUUGAGGAGCCCAAGUCAUUGACGGGAGUCCUUGCCGCCCCCCUCGGUCCCCACGCCAGCCGCUUCUCUCCCAGACUGUUCCCAGGGACUUGGCUCAUCCUGGGCAUAGGACUUCGGUUUUGUCUGGCUUUUGUUUUGGCCUCUUCAGUUGUCCUAAAGCACAAGUCCGUGUAGAAUCCUGUCACCUCUCCACACCAGUUCCAGAUGACCCGGGCCUCUCCCCACUGCCUCAGGAAGACCUCCACUGUACCCGAGCUUUUGACUUCUGCCAAUGCAGCUGCCUUAGCAACACCAGGGGCGGGGGGGGCGGGAUGGGGAGCAGGGGCCAUCUCUCCUUUUUCCGGUUGGACUCGGUCAACCACGUUCUUCUGUUGGCAGAUCUGCUUCCAGAUUGAUUUUUGAGAACCAUCACUUUCGCAUUCCUAAUUUUUGUCUGUUUUGUUUUGAUUUUGUUUUGUUUGAUUUUCUGAAACAUAAAAUGCUGCCCUGAAAAUCAUGUGUUUUUGAGUUUGUGUUCUGACGGCCUCCGUGCUGCCGGAUUUUGGGGGGGAAAUACAGGAUCCUCCAGCACAGAGGUGUUUAAGAUUUGCAACUAGCAAUGCAAUUUUUUCUAAAUAUGAGGAUAUUUACCUUUAUUAAGAAAUUAUACUAAACAAUGGUGUCCUUGAUCAUUUUAUGUUCCCAUAUUCCUUUGGGCUCUAUUUUGAUUCUGUGUGGUGGUAAACGAAGAUCAUUACAAACAAAAACUGUAAUUUUGUUAUCUUUGAUUCAAUGGAAUUUCUUUACUUAAAAAAAAUAAAAGGCUAAAACUGUA